GAGAGAAAUAACGGGAACCCAAAAGGCAUUUCUUCGAUGGCGUCGACCACGCGAGAAAAGGUUGCGUCUUUCAUUAACAAUAGAUGGCUGGUCUUCGUGGCCGCCAUGUGGAUACAGUCUUGCGCUGGCAUCGGUUACUUGUUCGGAAGUAUUUCUCCGGUGAUCAAAAGCUCCCUUAACUACAACCAGAAGGAGCUCGCCAGACUUGGAGUCGCCAAGGAUCUCGGUGAUAGUGUCGGCUUCCUCGCCGGGACCCUCUCCGAGAUUUUGCCUCUCUGGGCCGCUCUUCUCGUCGGCGCCGUUCAGAACCUCGUCGGUUACGGAUGGGUUUGGCUUAUCGUCACCGGUCGAGCUCCGAUUCUGCCGCUAUGGGCUAUGUGUAUUCUGAUUUUCGUUGGGAACAAUGGUGAAACCUACUUCAACACUGGAUCAUUAGUCUCUGGUGUUCAUAACUUCCCCAAGAGCCGAGGUCCUGUGGUGGGUAUCCUCAAAGGGUUUGCUGGUCUAGGCGGUGCGAUCCUCUCUCAGAUAUAUACAAUGAUCCACUCACCUGACCCGGCUUCUCUCAUUUUCAUGGUCGCUGUUGGGCCUGCGGUUGUCGUUGUUUCCCUUAUGUUCUUGAUCAGACCCGUUGGUGGUCACAGGCAGAUCCGUCCCACCGAUGGAGCCAGCUUUACUUUCAUCUACGGUGUCUGUAUUCUGCUCGCUGUCUAUCUCAUGGCCGUCAUGCUUAUCGAAGAUCUUGUCGUUGUUAGCCACGACAUCAUCACUACGUUCACCAUUGUGCUGUUUGUCAUCCUUGUUGUACCAAUCUUGGUCCCAAUCAUAACAAGCUUCUUCACAGAUUCAAACGGUCCUGUUGAUACAAUCGAAGAACCCCUUGUCCCAAGACGGGAGGACCAAGAACCGGGACUGCAGACCCCUGACCUAAUCUUGAGUGAAGUGGAAGAUGAGAAACCAAAAGAUGUGGAUUUGCUUCCUGCGUCAGAGAGACAUAAGAGAAUCGCGCAUUUGCAAGCACAGCUUAUGCAGGCAGCUGCAGAGGGGGCCGUUCGGGUGAAAAGACGGAGAGGGCCGCACAGAGGGGAAGAUUUUACUCUGUCGCAGGCGCUCGUGAAGGCCGACUUCUGGCUGAUUUUCUUCUCUCUUCUGCUUGGUUCCGGUUCGGGGUUGACAGUGAUUGACAAUCUUGGUCAGAUGUGUCAGUCUCUUGGUUACAAUAACACUCACGUGUUUGUGUCUAUGAUUAGUAUUUGGAACUUCCUUGGACGUAUCGGCGGCGGUUAUUUCUCCGAGCUCAUUGUCAGGGACUACGCGUACCCAAGGCCGGUAGCAAUGGCCGUAGCUCAGGUAGUAAUGUCUGUGGGACAUGUCUUCUUUGCGUUUGGAUGGCCCGGAGCGAUGUACAUUGGCACGCUAUUGAUCGGACUCGGGUACGGUGCUCACUGGGCUAUUGUACCAGCUACGGCCUCUGAGCUCUUUGGCCUCAAAAAGUUUGGAGCUUUAUACAAUUUCCUGACACUGGCCAACCCGGCUGGGUCCCUCGUCUUCUCGGGUAUGAUUGCAAGCACCAUAUACGACCGGGAAGCAGAAAGACAAGCACACGGGUCCGUUUUCAAUCCGGAUGACGUCCUCAAGUGCGAAGGUUACAUCUGUUACUUCCUGACGUCACUCAUAAUGUCUGGAUUCUGCAUCAUCGCCUGCAUCCUGAGUUUGAUUCUCGUGCGUCGUACCAAGUCCGUCUACAGUCAUCUCUAUGGCAAGACCCGCACCUGA